AUGAUAUGCGCGUUCGAUCGAGGUAAAAAUGGUACUCUUACGGCAGAUAGUUAUCUGAGUGUGUGCGCUAAUGACACGUUAGCAUAUCCUGUCUCGGAUCGAAAAUUAUAUUCAAAAUUAUUUGAACAAUCGUUGUUGAAAGAUCGACCAAAAUUUGUUGUUUAUUUACUACAAUUAAAUUUUGAAUUAUUUGAUUACAUUGAGUUUCAACAAAAAUCGGUAGAAGAACUAAAUAUUAUAUUGACAGUAUUAUCACAAAGGCUUUUUGGCCAAUUGGUAGAUGGUGGCGAUGUUAAUGUUGAAAAUAUAUUACCUACUACAAUGAAUAUUGAUAAAACACGAAAUGAUAGUCAUCAUCAUUUUUGGAAUAAAGUGUCUCCAUUGUCUGAGGUCACUGAUAACAAUAAUUGGGAUUUUAGAGGAUAUUAUGCACAAAAUUUUAUUUUGAAUUUAUUUCAAAAACAUUUCCAAGAAAAUGAUAUGGUUACUAUAGCUACAAGAUGUAAAUAUUUUAUUAAUUCAGAUUGUUUUAAUCAAGUUUUAAAUCAUAUUUGGUAUUACACAUUGGAUACAUCAAUAACAAUUUUCUCUAAAAAAGCCAAAAUUUUAAUCUCGUUAUUCACAUUGGUGCUAAAGGAUACUGUUAAUGACACAACAGCAAUAACAUUAUCAUUAGGUACCCCAUAUGUAUUUGAUUUGAAAUUAUGGUAUUUAAUGUCAUUUAAAUUUAUAAGUGCUGUUAAAUUAUUGGGACCAAAGUUAUUUAUGAUAAGAAAUAUGGUUAGUGAUCUAUCUGGUUUUAUCUAUGUUAUGUUUGUUUGUAUUGCUGCUUAUGGCUUUGUAUCCAGAUCAUUAAUUUUGUACAGAGACGUUGAUUUUAUUGGUCGUGGAAUAUUUCGUCAAAUAUUUUAUCGACCCUAUUGGUUUCUAUAUUCAAUUGUUGAUGAUAAAACAAAACAAAUAGAUGGUAUAAUAAAUAAUAGUACAAGUGGAGAUUAUGUGGCUAAAGCAACUGCGAGUCAUAUUUUACUUACAUUUCAAAUGUUAUUUGUCAAUAUUCUUAUAUUGAAUUUGUUAAUUGCUGUUUUUACUUUAACGAUAAAUAAAGUUCAAGAUGAUACAGAAUUUAUAUGGCGUAAUCAACGUUAUGGAUUCACCCAAAUCAUGAAAAAUGAAAUCAAAGAUAAAAAAUGGAAUGAUUUUGAAAAUGCCUGCACAUAUAAUUAUGCUAGACAAGUUUUAGAAAAAGAAACAAUUGAAUUGGACGAUGAUAAAGAUAAACAAAAGACAGAAAUUGACAACUGUAAAAUGGAAUCAAAAAAACAAAUGCAUGAAACAAUUAAUAAACUAGAGGAACAAACAAAUAAACUUAUAACGGAUAUGGAAUGGAUAGUACAAGCAAUGGACCGUUGUAAAAUGUCAACACAACCGAUUCCAAUCAUAUUUACAGCUUCAAAACGGAAUCGAAGUUGA